GUGAGAACCGUGCGGGGUGGGAGGCAGGGCCGGGCCGGGGCCGCCCCUCCCCGCUGCGGGCGACGGUUCGCGGCUGCCCCAACCGCCUCCUCUUGUGAAAUGUCCCUUCGGGUGGCCGGGCCGCUCCCGCGCCCGGGACAGGCCGCGCUCUGCCGGGAGCCGGACACGAACUUGUGCAGGAAUCGGUCGGCUGGUUCGCCGUCCCUCAGAUUAACAAAUGGCGGCACAGUGUGUGACAAAGGUGGAGCUGACUAUUUCCUGCACCAAUCUCUUGGAUAAAGAUGUUGGAUCCAAAUCAGACCCGCUGUGUGUGCUUCUCCAGAACACAAGUGGUCAGCAGUGGUAUGAGGUUGAUCGCACAGAAAGAGUUAAGAAUUCCUUGAACCCAAAGUUUGCCAAGAAAUUCCUAGUUGAUUACUAUUUUGAGCUUGUUCAGAAGUUUAAAUUUGGAAUAUAUGACAUCGAUAACAAAACUUUUGAUCUGAGUGAUGACGACUUCUUAGGAGAAUUUGAGUGUACACUGGGACAAAUAGUUUCUAGCAGAACUCUAACAAAACCAUUAGUACUUAAAAAUGGCAGACCUGCUGGAAGAGGAAGUAUUACGAUUACAGCAGAAGAAGUGAAGGAUAACAGGGUGGUUAUACUGGAAGUAGAAGCAAGGAAACUGGACAAUAAGGAUUUUUUUGGAAAGUCAGAUCCUUAUCUGGAAUUCCACAAGCAGACUGGAGAUGGAAACUGGGUGAUGGUUCACAGAACAGAGGUUAUUAAAAACAACCUGAAUCCUGUUUGGAGACCCUUCAAAAUCUCUCUCAAUUCUCUCUGUUACAGUGACAUGGAUAAGUCAAUCAAGGUUGAGUGCUACGACUAUGACAGUGAUGGGUCUCAUGAUCUCAUAGGAAGUUUUCAAACUACAAUGUCAAAACUGAAGGAAGCGUCAAGGUCCUCACCUGUAGAAUUUGAGUGCAUCAAUGAAAAGAAAAGACAGAAGAAAAAAAACUAUAAAAACUCUGGCAUUGUGAGCGUUAAGCACUGUGAGAUCAUAGUAGAAUGUACAUUCCUUGAUUACAUCAUGGGUGGGUGUCAGCUGAAUUUCACAGUGGGGAUAGAUUUUACAGGCUCCAACGGAGACCCUCGCUCUCCAGACUCUCUGCAUUACCUGAGCCCUAAUGGAGUUAAUGAAUACCUAACAGCCAUUUGGUCUGUGGGAAUGGUCAUUCAGGAUUAUGAUACAGAUAAGAUGUUUCCAGCCUUUGGAUUUGGUGCACAAAUUCCUCCUUCCUUUCAGGUGUCACAUGAAUUCCCAAUAAAUUUUAACCCAUCAAACCCAUUCUGUAAUGGAAUCCAAGGCAUCGUUGAUGCGUAUCGGGCUUGUCUUCCUCAAGUAAAGUUAUAUGGGCCAACAAAUUUUUCUCCGAUUAUAAAUCAUGUGGCAAGAUUUGCUGCUGCAGCUACACAACAGCAAACAGCAUCUCAAUACUUUAUACUUCUGAUCAUAACGGAUGGUGUGAUAACAGACCUUGAUCAAACUCGAACUGCUAUAGUUAAUGCUUCAAAAUUGCCCAUGUCCAUUAUAAUUGUUGGUGUUGGAGGAGCAGACUUUGAUGCUAUGGAGUUUCUUGAUGGUGACAAUGGAGUCCUUAGGUCCUCAUCGGGAGAACCAGCUGUCAGAGACAUUGUCCAGUUUGUGCCAUUCAGAAAGUUUCAAAAUUCUCCCAAAGAAGCUCUGGCGCAGUGUGUCCUGGCAGAAGUCCCUCAGCAAGUGGUGAACUACUUCAGCACCUACAAACUGCAGCCUCCCAGGAAUCCUGCUGCAAAGUGAAUGGGCUGAGCAGGGCAGCCAAGACUUCGUGCUUGCUUUCCUUGCUUAUCUACUGACUUUGGUUCUUGAGAUGCUUCUGUCUACAUGUAUGCACACACCACUGUAUGGUCAUGUCUGUUAGCUUUUUGCCUGCAAAACACUUUGCCAAGUGUGCCUUUCAAGGGCCAUAAUUGUUAUUGUGUUGAUAUUUGAUGUCCAUUUGAGAGACGGUGCUUACAUGGAUGCAUUUUAUUUUGAAGAGGGGGAAAAAAAAGAGGUUGAAUAUGCAGAGAGAAGAGGGGAAACAGCUGGAAGGGGAGCAGCUGCCUGUUUGAUGAAUAUGGCCAGUGGGAGUGUUCAGUUACUUUUGUGGGGAUCAACACCAGGGACUGUGGUUUCUCAGUGAUCAUAAAAUGAGCCAGAAAUGAAAAAGAGGGUGUGUCCCCACCAAGCAGAUAAAAGUUUAUAUGUACUUCAAUGAAUCUGCAAUACUUGAGACAUCCGUGUCUAUUAAGCCACCAUAGGACAAUUUUGUCACAGGAGUUUCAGAAUGAGCCGAGGGCCAGAACAGAAUGCAGGGCCCCUCCUUGCGUGCCUGUGUCACGUUUGCCACCUCAGUGCCUUUAGCCAGUGCCUGGGAUUGAGGCUGUGUGAACACGAGCCAACAAGUCGUUAAAGUAUAUACUCUUUUAUAGAGAGCAGUCCCUUAAGGUAGUAGAGGAAUAACUAGUGUGAAUCAAGAUAAACCUCUAACAUCUCAGAAAAAUACUCUUAGCCUUUGAGGACUGUAAAGGCUGUAAGGUGUGCUUUGGUGUGUACUGUGCUGGAAAGCAGAAUGUCCACAUUUUAUUGUGGUUUAGUUGUUUUUUUUUUCCAUAAACCAGCCAUGACUAUUGAUCUUUAAAGGGCAUUUUGUGAAGUGGGAAUGUACUUUCCAGGUAAAAAGGUUUUGUCUGAAGAUUUUCAAGCAAAGACAGAUCUUGAAAGUGCUACCCAAUUUAUAUUGGUUUUGUCAUAUUUUGAAUCAUGCUUCUUUUUCAUGAGCUCACUAAUGAAAAGUGCCUGCAAAAAUGCAAUCUUGCUUUUUCCCUCCCGGUAGGGAGACAUAAGAAAGUCUAUAAGCUCUAAUCCUGUAAUCAGGUUUCAUUUCCCUGGGGCAAAUAAUUUCUGUUCUGUUUUCUUGGCUCAAGCUUUUUAUUCACCGUUUACAGGAAGUGUAAAUCAUGUUGUGUUGCUUAGUGGAAAGAUGAAGCGUUCUUGUCUCCCAGCUGCAUGCGGCUUUGAGGAUCAAUUCUGAUCCUGUUAGUUCAUGUAACAUAGGUGGAUGUAAAGGUCUCAUUUAUCACUUCCAAAAUGCCCAUCCUGAACGUUAAUUUUGCAGUUUCACGUUUGAAUUGGUUUAGUGUUAGACAUCCGACUGAUCUGAUUUUGGAUGGUCUAGUUGUAACAUGUCAGAACAGAAUGGACUAACACUAAAUUUAUCAUCCUUGAGUGCUCCAGAUGGCACCAGCUCAUAGUAUAUAUGACCUCUUUAGUUGCUGGAGCUGCUCUUUCUUUUUUUUUUCCAUACAGAUACAACCCUGUCAAAAAUCUGAAUUCACAUAAACAUUGGUGGAUGAGAGAUAUAUGUAUUGAGAUUGUCUUAUACAUCCUGUAAAAAAAGAUAUGUUGUAGACAGCUGACUAGUUGUCAGUCAUGCCUGUAUGUGUUAUUCUCCACUCCAUUUUCCUUGGUGGAAGGGCUUCCUAAAUAGUUUCAGUAGUGGAAUACUAAGGAAGAGAUUUUUGUUUCAUAUUAAGCCAAGUUCUUUCUUUUUUGAAAUCUAAUUGAUUUGCUUCAUUAUAUAAAAAUAUACAGUCAUCUUUUUAUCAGUGUAGUACAAGUGUGUAACUAUAUAUAAAAUUAUGAUGAAGUGUCAUGCCAAAUAUGCAACACAAAAUAUAAAGAUCAAGGAAGUAGUUAUAAUGAACCUAAAUCACACUGCUGCACAUUGAUAUUGUAUGAUUUUUGGAACAGUAAACUGUUUCACAGCUACUUGCUCCAUGUACAGAGAUAACUGGAUGCGGUAUUAGUGCUUGUCAAGGUUCACUGAUGUGGAUGAGUACUACUGAUAGGAGUACAGGAUACUACUGAAGUUCCUCUGAGCUGUCUGCCUCAAGUAUAGCGCUGCAUUGGAGUUCAUUUACCAAUUCUGUUUUAAGUUGCCAUGGAAGUGCAUUUAAAUGCAUUUAAGUAUGUUAAUAGGUAUCAUUUUAAAUAUCUGCAGCAUAUAAAAUACAUAAACCCUUUUGUUCGUGUUCUGUGUGUUGACAGUAGAGAAUUCAUGAUCAUUUGUUGUAAAAGUGCCACUAUGUUACUCAAGCUUAGGGAAUUAAGCAGCAUAACGACACCUUCUUCUCCAUGUGCCCUGUUCUGUGUAAAAUAAAAGCGUUUCAGACCUGACAGCAGCAAGAAUAAUUUUCCCAGUAUAAGUUCUCUUAGAGGUGCACAGCAAACAGCUUGUGGGGAAAUUUGGAACCUUCCAGGUUAGGCUGGAGCAACAUUCUGAGGAAUGCAGCAGAUUGUGAGUCGAGAGGGAGGGGAGUUAUUUUGUUGCUUUGCCAUUUUUUGUUUGUUUAUUUUUACAUGUUAAAAAUGCCUUAUUAGUUUGAGGGUGACAAAGCAAAAUACUGUCAAUUCGUUGGAAAGUGAAUGUGCUUGUAGGUCACUGGCACCACCUUGUGAUAAAAAUGAUGUACAGCAGUUUUUAUAAUCAGAUGCUUUUUGCCAUUUAAUAGUUGUAAUAUAUACGUAUGUACAGCAGAGAAAUAACCUGUAAUAAGAAUUUUUUUUACUUUCCUAUGUAUUUCAGUUCUGAUGGAGCUAACUGAUUUACUACGCCUAUGCAUUAAAAAUAUAAUUUCAGUAUACUA